AUGGUUGUACAGCCAACUGAAACAAUGAACACCCAGACUGAUGUUACGAUCAUCACAGAAGUCAUUACAGCUCUGGAGAGUACCGACAAGGAUAAAUCUAUGAAGAGCUCCAGCAUGGAAGCUGACACUACUGGAAAACUCACCGAAGAAACCAUGACAAGCAAACCGGCAACAAGGAUAGAAACCGGUACUUCUCUUAUGGAUACUAACGAGUCACCCACGGCAACCAAGGAGUUAUCCAUGGUAACCAAUGAUUCACCCACGGCAACCAAUGUGUUACCCAUGGCAACCAAUGAGUCCCCCGUGGCAACCAAUGAGUCACCCAUGGCAACCAAUGAGUCCCCAAUGGAUAUAAGUUUGUCCUCUCUUGCUACCAUUGUGACCCUCGAUACGACUGACAAAACGUUCACCAUGGAAGUAACAAAAGCUGUCCCUGAAGAUGAUGAUGCCGAGGUGACUACAGUGGAUGUGGUAAAGGAUGUUACAGCUGAAGACGGUAUCGAACAUGUAGUCACCACAGAACCUGUCCAUGUCAUCGAAGCUACCUGGGUCUAUGCACCAACAUCAAGAGAAACAAGAACCACUGGAGCUCCUAUGUUGCUUGAUACUACUCUCGUACCAGAGACAACUUCCUCCAUGAUGACGACAUCUGAAGUUAGCACUACUGCUGAUGUUACUACUCGUGAUACCACUACUCGUGAAAGCACUACCGAUAACGUAUACGGUGAAACUGAGACACCUGAUAAUUCAACUGCAUUAAUUGAAGGUAGAUUCAUGUUUGCUUUUGAACCUCAUAUGUUAUCAAACUUAUGUAUUUGCUGA